CCUCCGGCUCCCAAUUCACAUUGGCGGCGACACGGAUGACUCACCACUCUGUACUGCUCUACCUCGCUAUACCCUCGCACUGCUCCCCUGACCAUCCGUCAACACAUUCCGUAGCUUUCUGACAGGGCGCAAACAUUCAACAUUCUCCAUCCGGCUACCGAAAAGAAGGAUCAGCUAGCGCCAGAGCCUCAUCAUGCCCGAUUCAUUCUUUGAGCGGAAGCGAAAGCGGCCCAGCAGCAAAGGGGAGGGGAGUGGCAGCACCGGCAGUGGCAAGCGAGCCGAUGCCAGCAAGACCAAGUCGCGUUUGAACGGCAAGAAGCGGCGCAAUGAGGGCUCAGCGAGCGAGUCUUCAGAUGGCGGAGAAGCGGUGGGAGAUGCAGAGACGAUGGAUCUUCGACAUUCCUACACACAUGCGAUGGGCUCCGCAUCAGAAGACGAGAUGGAAGAGACACCUGCUCAAGCUCGUGUGAGGCUGGCCAAGCUCUACGUAGAUGGUAUGAAGAAGGAUCUGGGUGGGGUUGAGACGGGCGCGGAUGCGGCACAGACAGAUGCGGAAAACAUCUCUUCAAGAUUGUUAGGCGUGGCACAGAGCAGAAGUUCGCACGUGAACAUCAGGGUCGCUCAGCUCAUCAAACCUCCCAGAGCGGACGACGUGCUUGGAGUCAGAGGACAUCAAAAGAGCGUGACUUGUGCUGCCCUCUCACUCCGAGGCGAUAGCAUCUUUACGUCCAGCAAGGAUGGCGUCAUUUGCAGAUGGGGAUUGGCGGACGGCAAGCUCGUGAGCCGAUCUGAGCUUCGGCCUCGGCAUUCGUCGCAAGCUUCCGAUGCCCGAUCCUCAUCGAGGAACAAAACGCACAUUCAACUCUCUUCGAGGUCAGGAGCAGGACGAAAAAGGGCGAGGAAAGCCAUGUCAUCAGGCUCGCUGGAAGAAGCGGAAAGGAGCGCCAUGCCAUCCUUGGGCGGAGCUUCAACCUCCAUGCUUGGAGAGAAGGAGGGUCACACUGAUGAGAUUUGGUCUCUCGCCUUGUCCGACGAUGGCACGCUGCUGGCUUCGGGCGGGAGAGAUAGGCGCGUCGGUCUGUGGGCCAUUGAGCCACGCGCAGACGCUCGCGAACUGUCAGACGUCGCCUCAUCUCGACAAACCUUGACAGCAGCCCCGCGCUGGGUGGCCGGCCUAUCUGGUCACAAAGAUAGCAUUACUUCUCUUUCCUUUCGAGUCGGGUCGGGAGUGACGGAGCUCUUCUCGGCUUCGUUGGAUCGGACGCUCAAGCUGUGGGAUGCGGCACAGAGAUCCUACAUCGAGACGUUCUUUGGGCAUCAAGAGUCCUGUUUGUCCGUCUCUGCAUUGCGGGGAGAGCUUGCUGCGUCUGCCGGUGGCAGGGACAAGACGAUCAGGUGGUGGAAGGUCAGAGAUGAGAGCCAAUUGGUUUUCAGAGCUGGCGCCAGGAGUAAAGUCAGAGAAGUCAUCGAAGGUGGUAAUUGGAGAAGGGAAGAAGAAGAGAAAACGUCAGGGGGUAGCGUGUUUGUGGAAGGAAGCGUGGAUUGCGUGGCCAUGGUGGACGAGCACAAUUUCAUCAGCGGUGGAGACAGCGGUGUCAUCUCCCUUUGGUCUCUAGCCCGCAAGAAGCCGACAUAUACCCAUUUUGCGGCACACGGCUUUGACGACUUGCCAUCCUUCUCGAGUGGCGAUGCGGCGAGUGCUGAUGGAGAUGAGGAUGAUGCGUCAGCGGCCAGAAGCACGACGCGACAACCUAGGCCGAUUACCUCAGUAGCCGCAUUGCCCUAUGCUGAUGUCUUUGCCAGUGGCUCACACGACGGAAACAUUAGGCUAUGGGCUUUGGAUGCGUCCCUUCGCAAGUUCACGGCGCUCUUCUCCAUCCCAACACUGGGCUUUGUGAACAGCCUCCAACUAGCCCGACCGCGUAUCCUCCCAGAGGCGAACUCGUGGAGGCGGAGAGGUGGAGUCGGGGCUUCUUUGGAGAGCUCCUCUUUGGGCUCGGAGACGAUCGAUGAGGACGAUGUGGCCGGAGCUUCCGCUUCGAGAAAGAGACCGCAAAGGGAUAUCGUCCUUGUAGCUGCAUUGGGCCAAGAGCCCAAAUUUGGGAGGUGGGCCAGCAUCAAACGAACGUCUGCUUUAAAGCGCGCGGCAGCGCAGAAUUUGGUACAUGGACUCACGGAGGAUGCGCAACAGCUCAAUGGCACGCUCGCGGAUACCUCUAAUGGCUUGGACGCUGCCUCGACAUCGGCAAGGGUUAGGAACGGCGCUAUAGUCGUCAGGUUGCGCGUAGCAACGCCGACUGACGUGACUGCUGAAUGAGGUUCCAAGGCCGCCAUUAGCCAGAAUGAGAGUGCAAGCCGACGAGUCUCUGCUGAGCUUUCGAUGCUGUUCAUCUGCACUCCAACAAUCAUCAAUGCUGUCUGC